AGCUGAAUUAGGCCCUAUGUGUUUGGCACUGUCAAGGGUUAGAGUCCUUGCAGUAGAGCGCCCAACUUUCUGAUCAUGCAUUGUAAUAUUUCCUAUGUCCUGGUACUGUGUGCUCUGUUCCAUCCAGGUAAACCACAAUGCAGUGUGGACAUCACAGAGCGUGAAGAUUGUGGAUUUCCUGGGAUAAGUGCUAAGGAAUGCUAUUCCAGAGGCUGCUGCUUUAAUUCAAAUGUUCCUGGGGGUAAAUGGUGUUUUUACCCCAAAAGCACAGCAAGUGACAAGAAACAAUGUAACGUGGAACCGUACAACAGAAGGGAUUGUGGCUACCCCACAAUAAGUGCUAUGGAAUGUAAGGAGAGGAAUUGUUGCUUUGAUUCCAGCAUUCGUGGAGUUAACUGGUGUUUCUACUCCAAGUCACAAGCAAGAGACCUGAAACAAUGUAACGUGGAACCGUACAACAGAAGGGAUUGCGGCUACCCCACAAUAAGUGCUGCGGAAUGUAAGAAGAGGAAUUGUUGCUUUGACUCCAGCAUUCCCGGGGUUAACUGGUGUUUCUACUCCAAGUCACAAGGAUGCUCUGUGAGCCCAAAGCUGAGGAAAGACUGCGGAUAUCCCAACAUCAGCUCCAAGGACUGUCUGUCUAGAGGCUGCUGUUUCGACUCCAGUAUUCCUGAGGCCAUCUGGUGCUUCUAUGGAUAUAAAUAAAAUACUAACGGUAAUGCACAAAAUGUAUCACCCAUUGGAGACGGUCACAAUCUGUUUAAACUAAUAGCGUUUGAUUUCUUGUGUAUUAUUAUUGAGUUUUAUUAAAUGGAAUUGUAUAAUCUUAUAAAAUCAUGUGAUCGGGCUUACUGGUGGAGUCAAUCAACAAUGCAAAGUGCAACAUUCAUGUGAAGGCACUAUAUGGCUGUAACAUCAUUCAUUUUCCCUUAUACCCCAUAGAGGUGCGUUCGAAAAUUGGCAAUGAUUGGCUGCCAGAAAACACUGUGAUGUGCGCAGCCAAACUUUGUGCUUAAUUAUCUCCUACAUAAUUAUCAUACAAUGCUACAUACAGUUUAGAAAAAGCCUUGGACAAAGGGUGCUGCAUUUACCUGACUGUACUGUAUGUAUAACAUUACACGGAUAUGUUUCUUAUUGAAUAUUUACAAUAUAUCAAAGUCAUACUUCACAGAUUUGUCCACGCCCCCCCCCCCCCUCCAGUACUCAGCCCAGUGCGAGUUCACUGUAGCCUUGUAGUUGCGCACAUCUUAGAAGAAUGUAUUUUCUGAAGGUAAGACCUGCCUAUAUGUUACAAUCUGUGUUUCUUACAGAUACUUGGUACAACUGGCUCGUAACAAUCACCAGAGUCUCCGUACAGACAGCAUCCUAGUUGUUUUAUUGUUUUUUUCUGAUCUGUGUAUCUAUAAAUAAAGAAAGAAAGAAAUAAAUUAUUUUUUUUUUUUUUUUUUUUUAGUGAACUAGAGAGCUGUGCUUUAUUGCUUUUCGAGGUUUAGAAUAAAAAAAUGAUCAUUUCUAGAAGUGUUACACCAUUAUAUGUAAAAUCCAUGUUUUGUCAUACUGUAUAUGUGGAUUUUCUUUCAGUACAUUGAUCCCAACAUACUUCCCACCACAAAUCAAAUUUGUGUAAUCAAAUAUAUAAACGAGUCCUUAAUGCA